CGCGCUCCCGGACGCACGCAUGCGCGUGGCCCUCAACGCGCCCCGCGGAGCCGUCGUUACCCGUUUUUAUGGAAACGCUCCGGCGGCCUCGGCGGCGGUGGCUGCGGCGGCGAUGUCCGAGUCGCCCGGAGAGAGCAACGUCCCCGAGAUGGGCGCAGCGAGUGGAGUCAGCGACGUCCUGCAGGCCGGCGUAGGCGGCCGCAGCCGGGCCCGGGAGGCCCGGGAAGGCCCGACGGCCGCGAGCGCCAGGCCGCUGGCGCGGGGGCCGGAGCCGGGCCCGGUGUCCACGGCGAGCCUCCACGAGCAGCUCGGCCUCCUCGGGAUUCGCGAGCAGCAGCUGUUCCGCCAGUACCUGGACAGCUACGCCAUGAUCCCCGUCAGGCUGCUGCGCGACUUCGAGGCGCGCCGCCGGCUGUUCGUGGAGGGCUGCAAGGCGCGGGAGGCGGCCUUCGACGCGGACCCGCCGCAGCUGGACUCGGAGGCGGCGGCCUUCACCGUGGCGCUGGGCGCGCUGGCCGACUGAGCCGCGGGGACGGAGCCGACGCCCCGGCCGCGCCCCUCGGCUUCCUCGCCUCCCACGCUGGGCUUUUUGUUUUUUGGGGUUUUUAUUUAUUUAUUUAUUUAUUUUGCAAAGAGAAAGCCCAGGACAGAUCGUCCCGCCGGAACCCAGAGACCGGACUCUCGAUGGUCGGAGGGAAUCCCGCGCGCGGCCUGCGGACUUGGAGGACCUGGGGGGGGGGGGGUCUUCCCGCGGCUGUCGGAUUCUUCAGAGAGGAGUGACGAGUAUUUCAGAUCGAGAAAGCCGGGCGCUGGAUCGGGAGGUGAACGCGUCUGCAGGGCCGUGCGACAGUGCGGGGCGAGGGGAUGGUCAGUGGCCGUGACUGUCUGAACCGUGUCAUUCUAGACUGUAGAACUGGCCGUCUGCUCUCUCCGCGGAAGACAAGCCGGGGGACGUCUCCCCAAGGCGGAGGGACUCCCGCUUUCAACAGUUUUCUAGUGUAUAUGCAAAUUGCCCUAAUUUAAAUAUUUUUUCCCCUCUUCUAAGGCAAGGUAACAGAGACCUCCGUCAGCACCUUGGAUUUUUUUAUUUUCACUUACAGAUUUGUAUAUCAGGUUUUUGUUUCGUUUAGACUGUGUCUGAAUAGACUAACUAGUGGUGUUUUGGACAUGGGGUUAGUUACAGAAUGUUUUAGCGUUUUCCGAUGUAUUUAUGCAUUUCCUCCGUGUUUAUGUAUUUUAUCCCUACGUAUUUGUCCUACGUCCUCGCGGAGGGGGCGCACGCGUGGGUACCUGCAUGACUUAAGCGCUCCCCGGGGCGCUGCCGGUUUACCUUCCCUUCCGGGGUGAGGUGAGCGCCUGGGUCCCCACAGCCUGGCCAGGCAGUCAGACUGGGCUUUGGCCGAUCUGACAGUGAAAAGACGGUUCCCGCUGCAGUUUGCAUAGCUACAAGGGCGGGUGUGCAGAGCCCAGGUGCUCGGGAGCUGUGGCUUCUCCGCCCUUCGGCAGACUGGCGUCAGCGGGGAACUGCUGUCCCCCUUUUCAGAUCAGGGUAGCGUCACUAUGCUAACGUUAUUGGCUUGCAAGUCUGUAUAUAAGUCACUAAGGAAGUUAGCCUUUUGUAAUGUGAGGUAGAAAUACAGUUUCUCAGUUUUGAUUGCUUUUGAUCCCUUUGUUGUUUUUAACAUGUGGAAAGGUAGAGCCCCCCAGGGAGCACACCACCGAGAUCUUCCGUCCUUCCCUUGGUUCACCCCCUGCCUCCCUCCCCGCCUCUCCCCCUUCCCGUAAUGGCUGCAACAGCCAAGGCUGCCGGGCCAGGAACAGCUCCCAGCUCUACCGCGCGGAUCCUGGGGCCCAAGCCACUGAGCCGUCUUCCACUGCCUGCUCCAGCAGAAAGCUGGGGCAAAAACGGAGUAGCUGGGACUCAAGCCAGCUCUCUGAUAUGGGAUGCCAUACUGCAGGCCUGUAGAAAUGUAGACAAAGUGUGUGUUGUAGUGUAGCUGUGUGUCUCUGCUUUUCUGUGGCUUCUAGACUUUGAGUCCUGCUUAGAAGGCUGGUCCUGCUACAGGAACACUUGCUCAUUCGUGUUCGUUUGCAGUGUUUUGUUGUGGGUUCUGAUACUGCUGUUUCGCCCCCAUUGCUGCUCUUUUCCACAGUUUUUCUAGAUUUUCUUUGACUUUUUUUUUUUUCUAUUGUGGAACUUUAGGACUCGACUAAAGUUGAGUAAAAGUUUUUAAGAAGUUUCUGGGCUUUGCUUGUUUUGAGCAGCGUCGUUGGUACUGUAUACGGGUCGCAUUACAUGCGUGUGAUUUUGAGGGACAGCCAACAUCUUUGUACUGUUGGCUUCCUGUCCAGUAAUUUGAUAAUCUCUCCAUUUAUUCAGGUACCUUUCUGUAUCCUCAGAUGUGUUUUCAAGUCUGGAGGACUUGUGUGUUUUUUUGGUAAGAAUAUCCCAAGGCUUAUUUCUUUGUUAUGGCUUUCAUGAGUGAGGUUUUGCUGUUUGUACAUUUGAAUGCUACUAAUUUCUUCAUAUUUUUUGGUGCUGUAUUAAAGUUCCUCCAGUCUCUUGUUUGGAUUCGUCUUUGGCAUACAGUCAUCUCCACAAAGAGCAAGUUUUCCCAUGUCCUUUGCCAUUUUUAGUGCCUGUCACUCCUUUCUCUUGUAUAAUUGCUUGGGCUAGAAGCCCCACCCCAACAUAAAUACCCACAGAGUGGAGAAGACCUUGUCCCUGUCUUUUUGCUGGCGUUUGUGGGAAUGCUUCUUGUGUUUCCCCAGCAACCAGCUAGCUUCCUCAGGGCUAGCUUUUGUGUUGUAGCACAUCCAGGAAAUGUACUUAUAUGCCUGCUUCUAGUCUGGGCUUUUUUCUCACGAGCAGUUGGGAAUUUUGUUAAAGGUAGCUCCAUGUUAAUGAACCACUUGUCUUCCGUGCUGUGUCUAUGUUGGAUUAUGUACCUAGGUUUUCGGGUAGGGGUCUAAGCAUGUGGACUGUGCCUCAUGACAUAUUACUCAGAUUGAUACUGAAUUCUGUUUGGUGACAUUUGAUUUGAGAUUUUUAUGUUAGAAUUCAUAAGUGAAAUUGAUUUGUAGUUUGUUAGCUUUUCAGUGUUUAUGUCAAUGUUAUAUUCAUUUCACCUAAAAAAUAUGGGAGUAUUUUCUCUUGUUUCUUGCUCUGUAGAAGGGCAGAUUUGGAAUUAUUUGGUCACAAAAUUUCAUUAUGAAAACCAUCCAGGGCUAAUGCUUUUUGGGAGACAGACUAGUUCAUUAAUAAGUUCCUAUUUUUUCUGAGAUCAGUAGUUUGUAGCACAGUUAUCUGAGUAUUGAUAUUCUCUGCUGGCUUAGCAUAUUGCAUUUUCUGGCUAAUUUUCUGAAAUACGCCCUUCUCUACCUAGUGGUGGCAGAAGAAAAUGACUAAACUGGAAAGACCGAGAUUGGCAACCUGUAGAAAAAUUUCCCGUAGUUUUCAGAGCAAAGCAGGCUUGCUCCUCUCCAUCUGCUCCUCACACACUGCUGUGAGGUGGCUGGGAGCAGAUGGGCCUGGGGGGACCCUUCCUGCCGUGACGCCGUGCUCUGGGGUCCCUCCCCGAGACCCAGGGCAGGCCGGCAGAAACCUACCACUUGCUUCACAAGCAGAGAGAACGGGAGCACAUUUCCCGGUGAGGCCUUCUCUGUCUCCAGGUAGAUCCGAGUCAGGAAAAGUUUCUCAGUUGUGUUGCUUUUUUCUAAGAACCAACUGUCUUAACCUCUUUUGGUUUGUUGUUUUAUUAAUUUCUGCCCAGUCUUUACCUGCUUUUUUUAAAUUUUAGUUUAUUCCAGUAGUUCCUUUUUACAUUUCUAACUUCUUGAGUGGAUUUUUGGUUCAUCAAUUUUCAUCCAUUUCUGUUACAACCAUUUAAGCUGGGUGAUAAAAUUCCUUCUAAGUACCAUUACAGUUCAACUGUACAAGCUUAAGUACAUGGUAUUUUUCUUAUUGUAGUAAUCUGUUUUUCAACAAAGAAUUAUUUAAAAAUUAUCGUAAUUCCCAAUUGUGUUCAUAGUUUUAUGUUCCUUUUGUUACUGAUGUGUAACUUAAGUGUAUGAUGGUCACAGAAUGUGAUUCAGAGUAUACAGAUUAUUUGAAAUGCAUGGAGUCUUGUUUUACGACCUAACUGCCAAUUUUUGUAAAUAUUUCAUUUGUGCAGACCUUGUGUUUUCUAGUUAUUGGUUGCAAUUAUAUACAUGUGAUCAUUAGAUCAAGCCUAUAAUUUGUGUUAUUCAAAUAUUCUAUGUUUUUGUCAGUUGAUCUAACUUAGGUGUAUUUGUCUGUUCCAUGUUGUAUCUCUCAGUUUUUGCUCUAGGUGUUUUGAAGCAGUUAUUAGGUGCAUAAAGUUUGGAGUUGUGUCAUCCUCCUGGCUAAUUAAAACGUAUCGUUCCAUA